CGGUAACGAUGACUAAGGAGAAGUGCAUUUUUUUAAACAAUAUUUUUUAUAUUAUGUUAACUGUUAUGUUUUGUUAAAUGUUAUGUUUUGAAAAACAAAAGGCAUGUGUUUAAGAUUGUUGCCAGUUUAAAAAUGAAAUGGUGAGAAAAAGGAGAUGUGAAAGUAGAAAACAAUUUCGUGUUCUUAAUUAUUCUCAAGACCUGUUUUCUUGCGAUUGCUGGACUGGCGAAAAUAGGAAAUCUACCAGGAUGAUAACGAAGUGAGAAAGGCGGAAAAAGUGGAAAGAACACAUUUAACCGGUGUAUAAAUACUCAAGUGACCAGUUGCUGCCAGAAUGACAGUUGCAGAAUUCCUUGUUUUGGUAUGGGAUUUCUUGUUUAAGCCAAAGUGCACAAGUCAAGCUAAGCUGCAUAACAAAACGGUGAUAAUCACUGGCGGUAAUGCUGGUAUUGGAAAAGAGACAGCGUUGGAUCUGGCAGCAAGAGGUGCCAAAGUGAUCCUCGGAUGCAGAGACAGAGAGAAAGGGAAGAAAGCUGCUGAAGAUAUCCGCAGGCAAGUGCCACAAGCCAAUGUUACUGUGAAGCAGCUGGACUUGGCAUCUUUUUCUUCCAUCAGGCAAUUUGCUGCCGAGAUACUCAAGAGCGAACCUCAAAUACACAUUCUCAUCAACAAUGCAGGUAUCAUGGCGUGCCCUAAAUCGAAAACCGUUGAUGGUUUUGAAACGCAAAUGGGAGUGAAUCAUUUGGGCCAUUUUCUGCUGACAAAUUUACUAUUGGACAAAAUAAAAGCUUCCACGCCAUCAAGAAUUGUAAAUGUGUCUUCUGCAGCUUAUAUGGCUGGAAAGAUCUCUCUCAGCGAUAUAAACAUGGAAAAAGGAUAUAAUCCUGUCCUGGCAUAUGCCAACAGCAAACUUGCCAACAUACUUUUCACAAGAGAACUGGCAAGAAAACUCGAAGGUACGGGCGUCACAACCUACAGCCUUCACCCGGGAAGUGUGGAUACAGAACUCUCAGCUCAUGUGAAAUUCACGAUUGGACGAAUUUUUGGAUUCUUCUACUAUGUGUUCAGCAAAUUGAUCUUUAAAAACCCCAAACAAGGAGCUCAGACAACGAUUUAUUGCGCAGUUGAUGAAAAAGUUGCGAAUGAAUCUGGUUUGUACUACAAUGGUUGCAGAUCGGUGGAGCCAAUGGCAAAAGCAAAGGAUGACGCCUUUGCAAAAAAAUUCUGGGAAUUCAGCGAACAUUUAAUAGAAUCAGUUCCACAUUCAUCCUGAGCUAAAACCUGUUUAUAUGCAAAAUUAUGUAGAUCUGAAUAGGCAUUUUUUAGUUUAGAAAUAA